AUGCCGACAGUAUCCACCUGGGUCGCGGUGGCGGCGAUCGCUGGCAACUACGGUGCGCGAUCCCUGACGCCCAUCCUGGCCCACGUCUUCUGCGCGCACGGCCGCUGCGAUGCCGCCACGCUCGUGGGCUCCACGGCUAGCGCCUUCUUCGCUGGCGACUUCGUGGCGCAGGCGGCAGCGAAGGCGCUGGUGCAGAGGUUCUCGGGCGGGGCGCUGCUGGUCGCUGGCACGGCCAGCUGGGGGCUGCUGGUGCUGGGCAUUAUGCCGCUGGUGCUGCCAGACCCGCUGCUGGUCCUCAUGCCCGCCCAGUUCGUCCUCGGCUUCUGCUGCGGCCUGGGCUACCCCGCCGCGCAUGCCGUGCUCGCCUCGACCGUCCCCGUCGCCAUCCGCACCACCGCCGUGACCCUCGUCACUAGCGCGGCGGCGCUGGGGACCAUGGCGAGCAACUUCGCCACGCCGCAGGCCGCCGAGCUCAUCUCGGCGUCCCCUUACGUUUUCUUCGCCUGCGUCGGCCUGCUGACAUCGGCGCUGGCCCUGCUCUGCAUCCCGUGCGGGUCGCAAGCCGGUCCGCAGAGCGGCGCAGAGGGCGGGUUUGGCGACACGCUUCGGGAGGCUUCGAUCUGGGUCCAGGACCCCCUGAUCGCGGCGCUUUUUUUCGGGAUGUGGGCCAAUGGUCUCGCGAACGCAUUUCUUUAUACCUUCGUGCCUACCCUGUUUGUCGAGGUGUACGAGGCCAGCGUCGUAGAGCUGGGGUGGCUGACGAUGGCAGCACCCUUGGGGAACGCGCUGUGCUGCGUCCUCAGCGGGAUCGCCUCCGACUAUUUGAUCGCCAGGCAGUGGCCGACGUAUUCCUGCCGGAUUCUCAUGCAGUCUAUCGGCACCGCUGUCCCCGCCGUGAGUUUGUUGGGCCUCUACCUGUGCACGCACAAGGUGAAUGCAGCCUUAUGUUUGGCGGUGUGGUUUGCAUCCCACGGGUUUCAGACCUCUGGGCUCACCGUCGCCCUCCACGACGUCGCCCACGCGCGCGCGAGCGAGUUCUUUGCGGUCGGGAACGUGUUCUCCAAGCUGGCGGGCAUCUGCGCGGGCCCCCUCGUGGUCUACAUCUCGCGGAGGUGGGGCUGGAGCCUCGUGCUCGGGAUCAUCGGCGCGCAUUACGCCGCGUCGGGCGCCUGCCUGGCCACGCUGCUGGGCCGCGUCGACCAGAGCGCCCGACACUUCGAACAGGCGGCCACUCGCCUCGCCCGCCACGGGACCACCCAGGGCGAGGAGGUGCCCGGCCCGCAGGGCGGGGAAGCGGCUGGGCCGCGCCCGCAGAGGGGCCGGGUCGCGGGGCUGUCCAUCACGGUGCCGCCCGAUGAGACACUGGAGAGCCACCCGAUGUCGGUGGAGGGCUUCUUCAGCCGCCUCGCGGACGCCGCCUUCGGCAAGGACCCAGGGAGCCCCCUCUCCCCGGUCUUCCACCACAGCCCCCUGCGGGCCGAGGGGGCGCAGCGCCUGCUGUCGCCCACGUUCGGCGCCAGGCGCCGCAGGAGCUCCUCCGGAGGGCUGAAGGCCGCCUGA